GAUAUGGGUGAGGUUAUGGGAGAGCCAUACAUUUAUCUAUCAAACUAUGGGUUUUGGCAAGCCCCACAAAAAGUAAAUACCAGCUUCUCCAAUGGUUUCCACCCACACUUGCUUUUUAUUUUUGUAUUCCACACCCUAAAACCAGUUAACCAUCACUCACUUAUAAGUGCUUCUCUCCUCUAAACGUUUUUUUAACCUAAACAAACUUUAUCAAAAUCUUAUUUCUUCCGUCAAUUACGCUCCUCCCUCUCUCUUCUCUUCUUUCAGAGAACGGAAGAAAUCAAAUGGGGUUCCAGAAUCCACCGCACAUCACCUGAAAAGGAGGAAAAAAGUAUGUUGGUGGGUGUGGUUUUGGAGUGAUCAUAAUCAUCAUCAUAAUCAUCAUCAUCAUCAGUGAUUGAGUAUGGAAGAGUGUCAGACGGUGUUCGGAAAAUACGAGUUGGGGAGGCUUCUAGGGAAGGGGACGUUUGCCAAAGUGUAUUAUGGGAAGCAAAUAAGCACGGGCGAGAGCGUGGCGAUCAAAGUAAUGAGCAAAGAGCAGGUGCGGAAAGAAGGAAUGAUGGAACAGAUCAAACGCGAAAUCUCUGUUAUGCGUUUGGUGCGACAUCCAAACGUUGUCGAACUCAAGGAGGUCAUGGCCACGAAGACCAAAAUCUUCUUCGUCAUGGAAUACGUCCGUGGCGGCGAACUCUUCGCCAAAAUCUCCAAAGGAAAACUCAAAGAAGAUCAGGCCCGCAAAUAUUUCCAGCAAUUGAUUAGCGUCGUUGAUUACUACCACGGUAGAGGGGUCUCUCACCGCGAUCUCAAACCCGAGAAUCUCCUCCUCGACGACGACGAAAACCUCAAAAUCUCCGACUUCGGUCUGUCUGCGCUGCCCGAACAGCUUCGUUACGACGGACUCCUCCACACGCAGUGCGGGACCCCUGCCUACGUGGCGCCGGAAGUCUUGAGAAAAAAAGGAUACGACGGUUCAAAAGCCGAUAUCUGGUCAUGCGGCGUCGUUCUAUACGUUCUUCUGGCUGGGUUUCUCCCCUUCCAACACGAGAAUCUGAUGACCAUGUAUAACAAAGUCCUGAGAGCAGAAUUCGAUUUCCCGCCCUGGUUUUCUCCCGAAUCAAAGAGGUUGAUCUCCAAGAUUCUCGUGGCGGACCCUGCCAAGAGAACCUCCAUUUCCGCCAUCACGCGCGUCCCCUGGUUCCGCAAAGGCCUUCCGUUGUCCUCCGUCGCCGACACGUGUCAGGUCGACAAGCAGGAGACGGUCAUGGAGGAGGCUAAUAAUUCCAAGGUUCCCAAAUUCUUCAACGCCUUCGAGUUCAUCUCCUCCAUGUCAUCGGGCUUUGAUCUCUCGGGCCUGUUCGAGACCAAGCGGAAGACGGCCACGGUGUUCACCUCCAAGUGUUCCGCGGUGUCGAUUAUGGCCAAGAUCGCCGCGGCGGCCAGGGGGCUGAGUUUCACGGUGGCCGAGGUGAAGGACUUCAAGAUCCGGCUCCAGGGGACGGCCGUGGGAAGGAAGGGGCGGCUCGCGAUCACGGCGGAGGUGUUCGAGGUGGCGCCGGAGGUAGCCGUGGUGGAGUUUUCGAAGUCCUCCGGCGAUACCUUGGAAUACGCGAAGUUUUGCGACGAGGACGUUAGGCCCGCGCUGAAGGACAUUGUCUGGACGUGGCAAGGGGAUGCCACGUGCGCUGUUAACGUCCCCGGCUGUCACGGUGAGGAGUGUCAAAAGCAGGUCGUUAGCACUGUAUAAUUAAAUUAGUUAAUUAUAAUUAGUGUGGCAGAUAGAUACUGUGACACGUUCUAACUAAUUUUGUUCUGCUUUGGCUUUGAGUUUGUCGCCUUUCGUCUUUAUUCCCUGCCUAAUUUUUAGAACGUAGGGUUUUGCACCUUUUCAAAGUGAGACUGUAUAUAAAUUGUAAAAUUGUAAUUAUGAUGGUGCUGUUACUUUCGGAAUAUGGAAGCCAUUACCGUCUCCC